AUGGCUUAUGAAACAGUUGGUGAUGAAAGGUCUAUACAGUUUACUGUGAUGACUACUUCUGAAGAUUUAAAGAUUAAUGCUGAAUGUAUUCGUAUGGCUGAUCAGUUUAUCGAAGUACAUGGUGGUUCUAAUAAUAAUUAUUAUGCUAAUGUUUCAUUAAUUGUUGAUAUCGCCGAACGUACUGGUGUUCAUGCUGCUUGGGCUGGCUGUAAACAUAAGAUAGUUUUCAUUGGUCCUCCCGGUUCAGUGACGCGUACGUUAGGUGAUAAAAUAUCUUCUAUGAUCGUUGCUCAAUCUGCAAAUAUUCCUACGAUGGAUUGGAAUGGUAAUGAUGUCACCAAAACUGAAUUUGAUGAAAUAGGUCAUGUUAUUGUUUCCGAAAGUGUUGGCGAGUUUCAAGGACCUUCAAAGGGUGGAGGAGGAAAAGGAAUUAGAAAAGUGGAAAAUCCAAAUAAUUUUAAGCAAGCAUUUGCUCAAGUUCAAGGUGAAGUUCCUGAUUCACUGACUUUCAUCAUGCGAUUUGUUCGAGAUGCUCGUCAUUUCGAAGUUCAAGUUGAACAUACUACGACAGAAAUGGUUUCAGGUGUGAAUUUACCUACUCAAUUACAAUCGCUACUUCAUCAAAUUCGUUCCGAGAUCAAUUUUGAUUUUUCGGAUCUCGAGUCUCUUCAAACUCAAAGGAGACCUGCACCAAAAGGUCAUGUAAUAGCCGUUCGUAUAACAGCGGAAAAUCCUGACGCAGGAUUUAAACCAAGUAAUGGUAUGGUGCAUGAACUUAAUUUUUGCAGCAGCACGAAUGUUUCUCGGUUAAUUCCGCCGUCAAAAGCUUUCGAAGAAAAUAGUUUUACAACGGGAUGGUUGGACACGUUAAUAUCUGAUGAAAAUCUAACGGCCGAAAAGCCUGAUAAAGUGUUGGCUGAAAUCCCUAGCAGAUAUAUAUUGCGUACCGUCUUCAUCAUCGAUUUUAUUUACGAAGGCGUCCAUUAUAAAUUUACCCCCACUAGAUCGUGCUCUACCGAUGCUUGUGAGAUUUUGGUGGAGUCUGGCGAUCAUGUAAAAAAAGGUGAUGCUUACGCUGAAAUUGAAGUGAUGAAAAUGUACAUGCCAAUUAUCGCAAUAGAAGAUGUCGAGCUCGUCACGCGUUACCUUUUGGGACAACUUCCUGCAAUGAAUCCGCCCGUUUUAGUCGGUGAUAAAGCUCAUCAGAUAUAUUGUGAGGUCAAGCAUAUCCUUGAAUGUAUAAUCCCAUGCAGUACUUUCAGCACUCUCCGGAAAAAUCCCGGCCAAACUUUAUUGAGAAUUUCUAAUGAGACGCAUAGUCAAGGAUUAGAAAAUCCUGCUAAACGAUUAAAAAAAAUGUUUGAUAAUUAUUCUCUCGAUUUUGUCAAACCUUCAGACCUUUCAAGUUUUAAAUCUGUGAUCGCUCCCGUGAAUGACAUUCUUGAACGAUAUGUUUGUGAAGAAGCUGUCCAUGCUUUACGGGACGAAUACAAGAAUGAUCUGGACAAGACGUUUGAAAAAGGGUAUGCUCAAAUGGAACAAAUGUUGAAAGUUGCUGUUAUAGAGAGUCAUUAUGGAGAUGAUGGUUAUAAUUAUCGAACACAAGUUAUGUCCAACUGGUUCGGUCGAAAGCCCUCAUUUUUUAGUAUGAGACGUUCAGCUUCAAUACCAGAUUUAAAAAGAAAUAUACCACUAAUUUUAAAACUUUUUCCAAAAAUACAAACUAUCCAAGGAUGGAAAUCUCAGGAUCUAUCAGAUAGAAACAAUAUAAAUAAUGUUUUGAACUUCACUUUAAGGCUGGAAGAUGAUGCUAUAGAGGAUGAAGCUUUGAAAAAACGACUAAACCCCUUAUACAACGACAUUCUUAUGAAUUACGUGAACAUGGGAUACGAAGAAUUACUAUUGUCCUAUUUCGUAAAGGUCAAUAUCCGGGAUUAUACUGAGGAUCAAACGAUUCGUCAUAUCGAACCAGCCAUGGCCUAUCAACUUGAGCUUACGAGGUUAUCCAAUUUCGAUAUUACUCCUUGCUUUACCGACAAUAGACAGAUUCACGUUUAUUAUGCUGUUGGUAAAGAAAAUACUUCGGACUGUAGAUUCUUCAUUCGAUCCUUAGUUCGUCCUGGUCGGUUGCGAAAUAGCGUGCGUACGGCGGAUUAUCUAAUCUCGGAGUCCGACAGAUUAUUGAAUGAGAUUUUGGAUUCUCUUGAGAUUGUUAGUUCAGAACAUAAAAUUUCUGACUGCAAUCAUUUAUUUAUAAAUUUCAUUCCAACAUUUGAGUUAGAACCAAAGCAAGUUGAGGAAGCUGUUAAAGUAUUGAUUAAUCGGCACGGCAAAAGAUUAUGGAGGUUGUGUGUGAUCGGAGCCGAAGUUCGUUUCAAAGUUGAAGACCCUACAUUAGUAACAAGUUAUCCUUUACAUGUCAUCAUUAAUAAUGUCUCUGUUUCAAACCUUGAAUGUCCUAGUGAUGUAUUGGAAGCCAAAGAACUUGUGCUUGACGAGAAUAAUAAUAUACAUGAAGUGGAGAAAGCUUCGGGAACGAAUUCAUUUGAAGUAGUUAUGAAUCAUUUUAACGUUGCAUGGAUUGAUAAAGGAAAUCCAAGAAAAGGUAUCAAAUAUCUUUAUUUUGAUUUGGAGACUAUAAGCAAUUACAUCAAAAUGGAAGGAAACACGUUAUCGCGGAAUAAAUUGUUGAGGAAGGAGAUACACGACAAAAUCACCGACAUUAUUGGAUCAAAAGAUGGGCUUUGUGUUGAGGGUCAACACGUAAUAUUAACCGGAUCACCAGCAUUGAAUAAAGUAUUGGGAAGAGAAGUUUAUACAGGAAAUCUACAACUUGGAGGCACGCAAAUUAUGUUAAAGAAUGGAGUUUCACAUUUGACUGUACAAAAUGAUUUUGGGUAUUACAAAGGUUAUGCAAUGUCUUUCUUGCGUUCCAGCCGAAAUUCUAUAUUUAUGAAUUCAGAUACUUUGGACAGGGAUGUUAAUUAUGUGCCUCCGAGGGCCUUACGAUCCAAGAUGUACUACAAGCAGCCUGUAUUUGUUUAUAUUGUUCCAAUGGAGAACUUCGUGAAAUCAAAUUCAGAAAGCCAUAAUUGCUCGCAACAGCAGAAAAUGUACCGUAAUCUUAAGAAAUCAUUAAAUGAUCCGACAAUAUCUGAAUCGCAAAAACGAGAAAUUAAAUUACAGUUGGAUGCAAGGGAACAAGAAUUAUUACCCAUACACCAGGAAGAAUGA